AUGGCAACUCACUCUCAAAAUGCACUCCUUCUCCUGCUAGUGGCCAUCCUUCUAAUCCUCCCAAACGGCGGAGCAGCGGCCUCACGCAACCCGAGGUUCCUGGGCAGCUACGAGCCGAUCGACGACCCCGAGGAUGCCCACAUCCAGGCUCUCGCCAAGUUUGCCGUGAGGCGGCACAAUAAAAACUCUGGUGACACGCUGCUCCUGACUCGCGUCCUUGGCGGGCAGCAACAGGUUGUGAUGGGGAUGAAGUACCGGCUGGUGAUUGGCGCCGAGACGGACAUCGGCCCGGAAGAGCUGUACUUGGCAGUUGUGUACGAGAAGGUCGGGAAGAAGUCCCCGGAUCUCACGGCUUUCGAUGUCAUCCCGUAG